GCACUGCGAGCGUGCCUUGGGCGCCUGAGCUGUGGCGACGAGCCCGGUAGUGGCCAUGUCCUCCCGGGCCAAGCGGGAGUCUCGCGGUUCCACCCGUGGGAAGCGCGAGUCCGAGUCCCGGAGCAGCUCGAGUCGCGUCAAGCGAGAGCGGGAUCGGGAACGGGAGCCCGAGGCGGCCAGUGCCCGGGGCAGCCCGGGGCGCGUGAAGCGCGAGGUCGAGGCGGCGAGCGCGCGCGAGGCCCCGGCCGCCGUCCCAGCCGUGCGCGUCAAGCGGGAGCGCGAGGCCGACGAGGACUCGGAGCCCGAGCGGGAGGUGCGAGCGAAGAAUGGCCGCGUGGAUUCCGAGGACCGGAGGAGCCGCCACUGCCCUUACCUGGACACCAUUAACAGGAGUGUGCUAGACUUUGACUUCGAGAAACUGUGCUCCAUUUCCCUGUCACAUAUCAAUGCAUAUGCCUGUCUGGUGUGUGGCAAGUACUUUCAGGGCCGGGGUUUAAAGUCUCACGCUUACAUUCAUAGCGUCCAGUUCAGCCACCAUGUCUUCCUUAAUCUUCAUACACUCAAGUUUUACUGCCUGCCAGAUAAUUAUGAGAUCAUCGAUUCCUCGCUGGAGGAUAUUACGUAUGUUUUGAAGCCCACAUUCACAAAGCAGCAAAUUGCAAACUUGGACAAGCAAGCCAAGUUGUCGCGGGCCUAUGAUGGCACCACUUACCUGCCUGGGAUCGUGGGGCUGAAUAAUAUAAAGGCCAAUGAUUAUGCCAACGCUGUCCUGCAGGCUCUGUCUAAUGUGCCCCCUCUCCGGAACUACUUUCUGGAAGAAGACAAUUAUAAGAACAUCAAGCGACCUCCGGGAGACAUCAUGUUCUUGUUGGUCCAGCGUUUUGGAGAGCUGAUGAGAAAGCUCUGGAACCCUCGAAAUUUCAAGGCACAUGUCUCUCCCCAUGAGAUGCUUCAGGCUGUUGUCCUUUGCAGCAAGAAGACUUUUCAGAUCACCAAACAAGGGGAUGGAGUCGACUUCCUGUCUUGGUUUCUGAAUGCUCUGCACUCAGCUCUUGGGGGCACAAAAAAGAAGAAAAAGACUAUUGUGACUGAUGUUUUCCAAGGAUCCAUGCGGAUCUUCACCAAAAAGCUACCCCAUCCUGAUCUGCCAGCUGAAGAGAAAGAGCAGCUGCUGCACAACGAUGAGUACCAGGAGACAAUGGUGGAGUCCACCUUUAUGUACCUGACGCUGGAUCUUCCUACCGCCCCACUCUACAAGGAUGAAAAGGAGCAGCUCAUCAUUCCCCAGGUCCCCCUCUUCAACAUCCUGGCCAAGUUCAAUGGCAUCACCGAGAAGGAAUAUAAGACUUACAAAGAGAAUUUUCUGAAGCGCUUCCAACUCACCAAGCUGCCUCCAUAUCUCAUCUUUUGUAUCAAGAGAUUCACUAAGAACAACUUCUUUGUGGAGAAGAAUCCCACAAUUGUCAACUUCCCUAUUACAAACGUGGACCUGAGAGAAUACCUGUCUGAAGAAGUCCAGGCAGUCCACAAGAACACCACCUACGACCUCAUUGCAAACAUCGUGCAUGACGGCAAGCCCUCGGAGGGCUCCUACCGCAUCCACGUGCUGCAUCAUGGCACGGGCAAGUGGUAUGAGUUACAGGACCUGCAGGUGACUGACAUCUUGCCGCAGAUGAUCACACUCUCUGAGGCCUACAUUCAGAUAUGGAAGAGACGAGAUAAUGAUGAAACCAACCAGCAAGGGGCUUGAGGGAAUCAAGGGGGCUUUAGCUGAAGUUGGGGGAAUGAGAGCCCUGUGGCAGUGGUUGAGCUCAGGCGACGUGGCAGCUUUCCCAGGAGCCUGGCGUCCCGGCUGUGAAUGCGUGUAGAUGUGCAGAGCACCAGAGACGCCUGCCCGCCUGGGGUGGCACUGCGCUGUCACCAGCUGGCUUUGAUCAGCUUGGGUACGUUGACACGCCUUUCUCCUUCCUGUCUAGCACCCUUUCAGCGUCAGCAGACAGAAGUCUCCCAGCUGUGUGUAAUUUAUUACUGAGGAACUGGGAGAAUCUGAAGGGCAGGUAAUUCCUUCCACACGUCCAGCCUCGUGACCUUGGAGUAAGCAUAAUGCCAGCUACAGCCUUCUCCCUUGUGGAUGCUUUUCCUGUGGCCCUUUUCAUUUCUGACAUGUUUUUUUGAAAUGAAUUAAAUAUUUUCCUGUUUUUAAA